AUGAAGGGCGCAAUGAUGAGACCCGCGUGCUUGAAUGCUUCAAGAGCAGCUCUUCGUCCGACCAGCACAACACCAACGAUCGAAUCUACAUUACAACGAUGCGCAGUCCGAUCACUCACAUCUGGUACCUACAGAGUGCCAAAGCCAUUCAACGAGCCAAAUGUGAGUUUUCAGGGAAUUCAAAAAAGGUGGGAGAUUGUCUUCUAAUCGUGCACAGCUUCACUUCGCAGUCGGCUCACCAGAGCGAGUAAGGCUCUCCACGGCAUUGAAAGAGUUGAGAGCACAGCUUCCUCUGAAAGUUCCAGCAAUCGGCGGCCUCAAUGCCACCGUGAACGCAUCGCAACAGCUCACCGCAAUGGUGCAGCCCUCUGAGCACACCUCGACCUUCCAACAAUACGCAUCCGCAUCGAAAGAAGAUGUUCAAAACGCGAUCCAGAACGCGCUGAAGGCAAAGCAAGAGUGGCAAGACAUGCCUUUCCACGAUCGUGCAGCCAUCUUCCUGCGAGCAGCAGACUUGGUCUCUGGAAAGUACCGAUUCAAGCUUCUUGCAGCCACAAUGCUCGGACAAGGAAAGAACGCAUGGCAAGCGGAGAUUGAUGCAGCAGCAGAGCUGGCGGAUUUCUUCCGGUACAACGUGGGCUUUGCUCAAGAGAUCUACGACAAGCAGCCCACCGUCAACGCACAGAGUCACCACGGCAGAACAGACUGGCGGCCUUUGGAGGGCUUCGUCUACGCUGUCUCGCCCUUCAACUUCACUGCUAUUGGCGGCAACUUGGUCUCGGCUCCUGCAUUGUUGGGCAACGUCGUGAUCUGGAAGCCGGCGCCCAUGACUGCUUACCAGUCCAAGCUCGUGCACGACAUCUUACUUGAGGCCGGCCUUCCAGAGGGCGUCGUGCAGCUUGUCAAUGGCGACGCUGAGCUCAUCACGGACACCGUUUUCGACCACCCCGAAUUUUCUGCUCUUACCUUCAUCGGCUCUUCUGACGUCUUCCGCAUGCUCAACGUCAAGGCUGCACUGGGCCUCGCUGAGAAGAAGUACCGCGACUUCCCACGACUGGCUGGUGAGACUUCCGGCAAGAACUUUCACCUGAUCGGUCCCCAGGCCGAUGUCGUGAACGCUGCGAAACACACUGUUCGCGCCGCUUUCGAGUAUGCCGGCCAGAAGUGCUCCGCCUGCUCCCGCAUCUACGUCCCACAAAGCGCGGCCGACGAGUUCUUCAGCACAAUGAAGAAGGAACUUGCACGUGUUCGCGUCGGCCCACCAGAAGACUACACCUCCUUCACCGGGCCAGUCAUCGACCAGAAAGCUUUCACCCGCAUCACCAACGCCAUUGACGAAGCAAACAAGGACGACAAGCUCGAGACCAUCGUCGGCGGAACUUACGACGGCAGCGUCGGCUACUACAUCAACCCAACAAUCUACAAGUCUUCCACACCCGACCACUGGCUCUUCGACAAGGAACUCUUCGGCCCCGUUCUCGCAGCCUACGUCUACCCCGACAACGAAUUCGAGAAAGUCCUCGACAGCAUCGACAAGCACGGUGGCGGCUUCGCGCUGACCGGCAAUAUCUUCAGCAACAACCAGAAAGCCGUGCGCUUGGCAGAGAACAAGCUGAGAUAUGCGGCUGGUAACUUUUACAUCAACUGCAAGAUCACUGCUGCUGUUAUUGGACAGCAAUCGUUCGGUGGUGCUAGAGCAAGCGGUACUUGCGACAAGGCUGGUAGCGCUGGGUUGCUGCAGAGAUUCACUGCACCGAGGACGCUGAAGGAGGAAUAUAACAAGCUGGAUGAGGUUCUGUAUCCUAGUAAUUUUGAGUGA